AUGGAGAAGAAACAAGCAAUUAGAAGUUUUGAGAAAUUGAGAGAAAAUGGGCUUUUAGGGUCAGUGUACAAGGUAGGUUUUGGGGGAGAUCGGUUUGUAGGGAGGGAGACAGAGAUGGAGAGAGGGGUUUUGGGGCUGAUUGGGAGUUUUGGACACUCGAUAAAUGUUAUGAAGUUUUAUGGAGAUAUAAGCGAGUGAUGAUAUUUGUUAAACUCUUUGUGAAGGUCUUCAAGAGAGCUUUGGAUGAGGUAUAGACAAGCUUUUGUUAAUGGGCUCUGGAAAGAGUGAGAUAGAAGGAUGAUGAGAGGAAGUUGAGAUUUUAAUGCUGAUUUUAUUGAUUACUUUAAUGGGAUGAAAAAUUAUUUUGAGUUGUAUCUCUAUAAAUAUUUGAUUAUACUACAAACAGAAGAAGCGAUAAUAGAGUUCUGAGAGUUUAUCAGACACUUCAAGAACAGAGAUUUAAUAAAAUUCCAGAAGAUAUCCAUCCACUAUCAAAAAGGAAUGGGAUGUGAUAUUUUAAAUCACCCAUUUAAUGUGCUUGAAGAGCAAUCAUUAGACACUUCAUGAAUCCAAGUGGAAGGACUCAGCAAGUUCUACCCUUGGAGAGGAGAUCAUAUUAUAAAGUACACCCACAGAGCCAAGCUUUCGAUGCUUACGAGCAAACCUCAAGUCAAUUUUUUACGCCAUACUGGGAACGGCAUGAUCAAAGAAGUAGAUCAAAUCUGCUUUGACGAUAUUUUUUUCAUGUAUCUCAAUGAUUUUGAUAAAUUAUCCGAACUCAUUGCACCAACAAUCCGUUACUCAUGCAAAGAAAUCAACUUUGAACAUUAUCCUUUAGAAGAACUUUCCAAUGAAAAUACAAUGAGUGAUAUGAAUGAAAAACUGGUCAAGAUAUUUCCAAAUUUAGACAUGGUAACUUUUAGCCCAGAACUAUGCUUUUGAAAGCUAAUUAAUACAGAUUUGUUUAUUGAAUAUGUUCAAGAAGGUACAACCUUAAAAUCAUCUGACCCUAAAACUCCUUGGGCAGUCAUGAGAAAGUGCAAGGUGUUUUAUAAUAAUUUAAGCAGUGAAGGGUAUGGAUCCUUUAGUGCUUCAAGAGUGGUCGUGAAUUACGCAGGACUUCCACAGUAUAGACAAUUUUAUAGGACCAAAAUUGACUCUAUUAUAGCUAUUGAGAAUAUCCACUCUAAAAGUACUCAUUAUUUAUCAGAACUAGAUUCUUUCCUUUUAUAAAAACAGAGAGCAAAAUUUUUAUUGAGGAUAAUGAUUCUAAGCUUUCUGAUUAUGAAAUCAUCAUUGAACCUCAAGAAUUUGAGUUACUCGUUGGAGAGCGAACACUUACCUCUCAUAGACCAUCGAGGUGAGAAAAUUUAGAGCUGAUGUUUACUAAAGCCUGAGCUUCAAAGGACUUUUUUUCAGCUCUAAAGGGUUGAAAAUGGACUCAUUUUGAUCUUUCAAUCAGUAAUUUAAGAGACACUCACUUAUUCUUGGCUGAACUGCUCUCUUUCGAAGUUACUAGGCUCACAUUGGAGGUUGAUUAUUAUGAUUUAGAGAAAAUCACAUUAAAAGCUAAGGCUGCACUAAUGUCUAAAAUUCUUGCUUCAAACUCUAUCAAAGAGAUUUCUAUUAUUAUAAGCUCAGGAGCUCAGACAGCUAAGAGAGUAGAUCAAGAAUAUCAGCAAAUGUUAGAAAGAGUGUUUGGAGAGGAGCCUGAUCUGGAAUUUUGUCAAAACCUUUACUUUGAAGUGGUAAUUAACGACUAAAAAGAUGAAUA